AUGACCCUUUCGAACUUAAUUAUUGAAGAUAUCCAUACAAAAUUUUGUAACCUUUCCCAACUUCAUGUGUUGGACCUUUCACAGAAUAAUUUGCCAGGCCAUAUACCACAUUGCAUAGGUGAUCUAAGUUUCUCUAAUUAUGAUCUACAUUUACUUUUUGAAAGGGCACUUAAUAGGGAAAGUUUCAGGGUAGUGACGAAGGGAAGAAAGCCAAAAUACAAGUAUUCCAUUCUAUCCUUUAUCAAUAGCGUUGAUCUAUCCAAUAAUAAGUUAUCAUGGGAGAUUCCUGUGGAGCUAACAAAACUCCAAAAACUGCAAACUUUGAAUUUAUCGACUAGUCAUUUGAAGAAGAAGAUUCCAACAACCAUAAGGUACUUGACAAUGUCAAAAACUUUUGACCUCUCUGGUAAAAACUUUUUUGGUGAAAUUCCAGUUAGCAUGGUCUUUUUAACAUUUCUGAGUCAUUUGAACUUCUCAUUCAAUGGCCUGUCUGGAAAAAUCCCAACUGCCAAUCAGUUUCAGACACUCGAUGAUCUAUCAAUCUAUCAAGGUAAUAUCGGCCUCUGUGGAAAGCCUUUGCAAAGUGAUUGUCCAGACAGCAGCCAACAUGCAGCAAGAGGAGAGAAAGAAGAGAAAGAAAGUGAUGCUUAUGAGACGAUAGGCUUCUUCGUCAGCAUGUCAUUAGGCUUUGUUGUGGGGUUUUGGGGUGUUUUAGGUAGCUUGAUCAUUAAGAAAUCUUGGAGACAUGCCUACUUUGGCUUUGCUGAAAAAGUUGGAAACAGAGUAGUCAAUUUACUUUUUACAUGA